AUGCAUGAAGAGAAAGAAACAUUAUCAUUUGGAAACAUGGAUUCUGGAUUUGUUGUAAGUCGAAAAGAACUAAUAGAAUGGGUAAACAGUUUUCUAAAAUUAAAUAUUACAAAAAUUGAGCAAUGUUCAAACGGAGCAAUAUAUAUACAAUUAUUAGACAUAUUAUUUCCAAAUAAAUCCGUUUUACAUAAAGCAAAAUGGAAUGCAAAAAUGGAAUAUGAAUGUAUAGUAAAUUAUAAAUUAAUACAAAGUGUUUUUAAUAAAAUAGGAAUAAAAAAACAUAUGGAUAUAGAUAAACUUAUAAAAGGAAAAUAUCAAGAUAACUUAGAAUUCCUACAAUGGUUUAAAGCAUUUUUUGAAAGACUUGUUGAUUAUAAUAAUGAACAAAUAGCUAAUUAUGAUGCUAUGGAAAGAAGAAAAAUAUGUAUAUUAGGAGAAAGAGGUGAUUAUAAGCUUUUAAAUAAUUAUAUGCCAGAUUGGGCAAAAGUUGAUUUAAAUAUUAUAAAAGAUAAAAUAAUUUCAAAUAGCUCAAAAAAUAAUGCAGAUAUUACUUGCCAUAAUAAUAACGAUACAAAUUCAAUCCCAAAUUCAAGGAGAUCAAUAAAUUAUCAAUCUAAUACUAACAUGAAGAACAGCCAAAUCAACAACAAUAUUCAUUCUCAUAAUUAUCAUAGUAGAAGCUUAAGUCGAAAAGAUUUAAAAAAAAAUGAAAAACAUAAUAAUUUAACAAAUACAAGCAUUAAAUAUAAUAAUUCUCAUAUUUCUAAGGAUACAAAUUUACCAAAAAAAAAAUUAUCAACAAUUGUGAAUGAUACAACAAAUAAAAUAAAUAAUAGAUUAUCAAGUACUAACAAAUUAAAUUCACAAGGUUCUAUAUUAUCUUAUUAUAAUAAAAAUAGCAUUUCAGAAAAUGUAAAAGAUAAUAUAUCUUUAAUUGAACAAAAUAAAAAAUUAAAAAAUAUAUUAGAAAAUAAAAAUCAAGAAAUUAUAUUAUUACAAAAUAAAUUACAAGAAGAACAAUGUGAAAAAAAAAUUAUUAUUUUUGAAAAAAAUUUUUAUUAUAAUAAAUUAAGAUUUUUAGAAUUGUUAUGUCAUCAAACAAACAAUGAUUCCAUACUUAUAAAUGACAUACACCAAAUAAUAUAUGCACGAGAAGACACUUAUUUUCACAAAACUGUUUCGACACAAGAUCAUGAACAUGAUAGUGGAAUUGCCCAAAAUGGUGGUGACUACACUGAGAAAUAUACAAUUGAAAGUGGCGAGCAAAACGCCAUCAAUUUGCCUACAGAAUAA